ACAUUACCAGGCUAGACAUUUUUUCCCCUUUUUACUUCUCCAAGCCAAGAUGUUUAAUGCAAUAAUGGACAUCGUGCAGGGUUUUGGGGUGAGCAGCACCCAGUACCUGCAAACCAACUAUAAGGAGGCCCAGGGCUUGUUUCUCUGGGUGUCCUGGGCAGCAGACCUGAGGAACACCUUCUUCAUCUUCUUCCCGCUUUGGUUCCACUUGCGAUCUUCAGUGGGCAUUAAGCUCAUCUGGGUAGCAGUAAUUGGAGACUGGCUGAACUUGGUUUUUAAAUGGAUUCUGUUUGGAGAGAGGCCGUACUGGUGGGUCCACGAGACGGCUUAUUAUACAGAUGCUGUUCGCCCUCACACUGAGCAAUAUCCCAUGACUUGUGAGACUGGGCCAGGAAGCCCUUCCGGCCAUGCUAUGGGAGCUGCAGGUGUUUACUACACCCUGGUGACUUCCAUCCUCACCAUCAUGACCAGCAAGAAGAAAAAUGGCCACAAAAAAUCUUCAAACAAAGACUGGUACCUGAAGGCUCUUCUGUGGACAUUAUUUUGGGGAGUCCAGGUGUGUGUAUGUCUCUCCAGGGUCUUUAUUGCUGCUCAUUUCCCCCAUCAGGUCAUUGCUGGUGUUAUCACAGGUAUGAUUGUGGCUGAGGCCUUCAACAGAACACAGUGGAUCUACAACGCCAGCAUGAGGAAAUACUUCUACACAACCCUCUUCUUAACCACCUUUGCUGUUGGCUUCUACCUCCUUCUCAAAGCUAUGGGUGUGGACCUGCUGUGGACUCUGGAGAAAGCCCAAAAGUGGUGCAUUAGGCCUGAGUGGGUCCACCUGGACACCACCCCCUUUGCCAGCCUUCUGCGCAACAUGGGCACCCUGUUCGGCCUGGGUCUGGGCCUACACUCACCCCUCUACACUGAAACGAAAAAAAGCAGCAGCACGAUGGUCAAAGUGGGAUGCAUCAUCAGCUCUCUCUUCCUUCUCGACCUGUUUGACUCCUUCAAGCCUCCAACACACACCGCCGCCCUCUUCUACCUGCUGUCCUUCUGUAAGAGCGCCACCGUGCCUCUGGUUACCGUCAGCAUCAUCCCGUACUGUUUGAACAGAGCUCUGAGCCAGCAGAACAAAAAGGGAAUAUGAAGAUCAGCCUGAGAUUUUAAAGACUAAAAGAAAAAUGAAAGUGCAAAGACGAUCCUCGGCGAUGACAGUAAAGAUAAUAAAACUUUAUUCUGGUGCUCUUUGCAUUCAAACAACCACCUGAUUCUCAGGAAACAGCUUCAAGAUCAAAAGGGAAACAAUUUUGUGCAGUUUGGACAAUGAACUCCGAAAACUGUGUGACAUUAGGUGAAAGCACUAUCCAGGAUUUUCAGUGGCACUUACAGAGAAACAUGAUAAUUACUGCUGUUUCAGAGUCCUGGAGAAAUUAUGAACGAGUUAAGCAGUGAGUGUUUGGUCCUAGCUUUGAUAUAUUGUGGUGAUAAUGUAUUUUUAAAUGUUAUAGAAAAUAUUUUUUUGAAAAAUGUUUGAAUGUUUUUAAUAAAAACUGGAAAAUGCAUCAGUUUG